UUAUUUUGUAUAUAAAGGAGAAAAGUGGGGAAUUUUUGCAGAGUUUGGAGAGUGAUUAGGAGGCAAGGAAUGUGAGAAGGUUUGGGUAGGGGGGUGGUGGUGGGUUUGAUGGUGAUGAUGCACGCCGGCAGCUUUUCUGACGUCCUCUCACUCUCUCUCUCUCUCUCCUUCCUCUCCCCAUAAAUCUAUUAGGCACGCCUGCUCCCACUCUCUCUCUCUCUAAAUAAAAAGCUAACCCACUAAACCAUUCUCUUGACCUCGACCAUGUUAACUUUCCUCUCCAUUGUCAGAUACAAUUCUAAAACCAGGUACUCCCGUGCCACCUUCUAAGUUUAACAGAAAGACCCACAUCAGUCAAUCCCUCAUAAAUUUUUAUAAAAAACCAGCAACAACAAAAGAAUAACCAGAAAAGAAACCGCACUUAUUCCUCAUCGAUUACACCGAGAAAAUUACUCUCUCUCUUUGCAGCGUCUGUGUGUGCGUAUGUAUGUAUUCUAUCUAUGUAUUUGUGUUCUGAAAACUCUACUAAUAUCCAGCCUACUCAAGAUCCUCCUUUAAACACUCACUUUUCCAUUUCGUUGUUUAAAACACAAAAGACCCAUCUCUCCUCCGCAGCAGAACUGGGCUUCACACACAAGUAUUCUGCAGAGCUUAUUGAUGUGGAUCUCUGGUUAAAUGGAUACCUUGUUUAGGCUGGUUAGUCUUCAAUCUGAUCAAUCCUUCAACUCUAGUAGAACCUCCAGCAGCUCUAGAUCUUCUAGACAAAACCAGCAGUACCACCACCAAGAAGAAGAAUGCUGCAACUUUUUCAUGGAUGAAGACGAUUUCUCUUCUUCUUCUUCUUCCAAACACUUUUUCCCUUACCAACAGCAUCACCACUACCCAUCCACCGCCACGACCCCAAGCCAUACCACCACUACUAACACGAGUACUACCACCACUCAUGGCUUUGAACCCUCCGACUUCGCCUUCUCCCCUGCUCCUGACCUCAACCUUGAAUUCGCCUCUACGACGUCCGGUAAAUGGGCAACCAACCUCCUCCUCGAGACCGCUAGGGCGAUCGCCGAUAAGAACAGCUCCCGUGUCCAACAGCUCAUAUGGAUGCUCAACGAACUCAGCUCCCCAUACGGUGACACUGAUCAGAAGCUCGCUUCAUACUUCCUCCAAGCCUUGUUCAGCCGAAUGACCGAUUCCGGCGAGCGAUGCUACCGGACCUUAUUAUCGGCAUCGGAGAAGACGUGUUCUUUCGAAUCCACCAGGAAAAUGGUAUUGAAGUUUCAAGAGGUGAGCCCGUGGACUACCUUUGGCCAUGUAGCUAGCAACGGUGCAAUCUUGGAGGCCUUUGAAGGGGAGAGCAAAUUGCACAUAGUGGACAUUAGCAACACGUACUGCACUCAGUGGCCUACUCUGCUUGAAGCCUUGGCGACGCGCACCGAUGAGACGCCGCACCUACGACUCACCACCGUAAUGGCCAACAAGACUGGAUCAGGCUCCGGUGGCGUGGCGGCGGUUCAUAAGGUGAUGAAAGAGAUCGGGAAUCGAAUGGAGAAGUUCGCCCGGCUUAUGGGUGUGCCCUUCAAAUUCAAUGUAGUGCACCACGUCGGCGACUUAUCGGACCUGAACUUAGCUGAAUUGGAUAUUAAAGAAGAUGAGGCUCUUGCCGUCAACUGUGUCGGUACACUACACUCGGUAGCGGAUGUCGGUAACCGCCGCGACGUCAUCGUAUCGGCGUUUCGUCGGCUGCGGCCGAAGAUCGUUACUGUCGUGGAGGACGAAGCCGACUUUGACGUCGGCGUUGACGGGUUUGACUUUGUCAAAGGGUUUCAAGAGUGCUUGAGGUGGUUCAGGAUAUACUUCGAGUCUCUGGACGAGAGCUUUCCGCGCACCAGCAAUGAGCGGUUGAUGCUUGAGCGUGCGGCAGGGCGAUCUCUCGUCGACCUCUUAGCCUGUUCACCGGCCGAGUCAAGCGAGCGGCGUGAAUCGGCCGGUCGUUGGUCGCAGCGUCUACAUGGGGCUGGGUUCAGCCCAGUGGCGUUUAGCGAUGACGUGUCGGAUGACGUGCGUGCGCUUCUAAGACGGUACAGAGAGGGUUGGUCGAUGUCACCUGGGUCCGAUGCCGGAAUUUUCUUGGCAUGGAAGGACCAGCCAGUCGUAUGGGCUUGUGCUUGGAAGCCUUAACAGCGAGUUUAGCACGACGCGCGUGCAUGGGUGGUGAGUUCACACGUGCAUGUCAUUCAAUCGAGAAUCAUGUUUGGUAUUUGGUAAAGUUAACGGAGAAGGAAAAAAAAAAAAAAAGCAAGGUGGAGAGUUUGGAAUUUGCUUGAAUUGAAUAGAAAUGAAGGAAAUACAUUAUUGAUUGCAAUUACUUUUGUUUUUUUUUUUGUGAUUGUUAUUUAUCAUAUUUUGAGGAAUUUAUGUGGUGAGGUUUGCCUUCGAAGAAAAGAAAAGAAAAAAAAAAAAAAGUGAUAGUGCUCAGUUGACCUUUAUACGAGUGCAUGUGCAGAAAAGAGUUUGCUUAUUGGUUCCUUGUUGGAGAAAGCAGAAUGCAGCUGUUUUAAGCAAGAUAUUGUCACGUGGAUGCCUAGUUGGCUGUUCAAAUUGGGUUCAUGUAAUUUACUUAUUAUUAUUUGUUGUACUAGGUAAGUUUUAUCUUUUGCCACGUGGCAAGUAAGACCAUUCUUCA